AUGUCUCUUAAUGGGCUAGAUAAUCCCGCUGUCAUCGAAGCCUACCAGAGCGCUCUGGCCGAAGCGGGAGGAUGGUUUCUUCUCCGUUACUUAUCAAGGGACGAGGUAACUCUGCUUGACCGAGGAACAGGCGGGGUGCCAGAUGUGCGGAGUGCGAUCGACAGCUAUGAAGAAAUCUCUCCUCUCUACGGUUUCUUACAAUAUCGGCGGAGGAAGGUAGUGCUGAGCUACCUGCCAGAGGGCCUCUCGAGGCUUAUACAAGCCCGAUCCACAGUGCAGUUUCAGUCAAUCUUGGACAAGCUCUCACCCCACGAUACUGUAUUCUCCUUCGCAAAGUCAGCAGAUCUUACUGAGAGUGCACUGUCUUCUGCGUGCCUGUUACAUGCUGCUUCAGGUUCUAUCACCUCCUCUUCAAGCUCCCUCCGCCGUCGCAGGCUGAUGGAAAUUGCUGAAGAUGCAGAGGAAAACAAUACGACCAAGGACCAGACGCAGGCCCCAUCUCCACAUGCGGACAAUCGACAAAGGUCAACCAGCCAUGUAUCCGAAGCCACCAUAGUGCCCCUAUCAGUCACGUCGAACGCUCGAGAAAACCCCAGUGGCGACGAAUCGCCCCUCGUCGCAAAGAGCCCACAAGAUUCACAAGCCAGUGAUCAAGUCUCUCUCUCCUGGGAUAGUAGAUCCGAACGCCCCGCUUCACGAAGAAGACUUGAGGAUGACAUAUCCUACGCACCAUCCGAAUCGCGGAGGUCUACACAGUCGGUCAGGCCGUCGUUCAGGGACCUGGAGCGUGCGAGUACGUACAACCCGAAAGUCAAGCGUGGCCCUCGACCUUCGGUAGACGGGAGCGGGCGUCCUCGCACGGCAGGUAACCUGUCUCGAAACGCCGAGCAGCGGCCGGUAGCCUCUUUACCGGCUGGUGUUAGGACAUCUUCGUUACGGAAAGGCAACCCGAGCCCAUCUCGUCCCCGUUCUCAAGGAAGCCCAAUGGCAUCCGUGUCCAGCCGAACAGCUCCCCCUGUCCCGCCCUUGUUGGUCCCGCCAUUGUCAAUGCCGAUUUCACGGCCUCAGCUUUCACCUGGUGCUAAAUCACUGAGUGCUCUGUCUUCGUUUGGCACCUCAAACGAAAAGGAACGGCUGAUGAAAGCUCUUCAGUUGCGAAAAACGCAAAUGGAAAAGCGGGCGGCGGAUAGUAAAAAGGAUCGUAAGGGGAAAGAUGAGAGAUUGACAGAUGUUGACGAGAAUAAGGAGAACAUUGAUCAGGCUGAUGACAAGUCGAAGCAUGAGCAAGAAACUGCAGCGGUGACCGAACAUAGCAAAGAGCCUUGUCCUAAGAUGCAGCUUUCCAUUUUGCCCGGAUCAAUCGCACUUCCUGAGGAAAAGCUUGCCCCUGACGAAAAGCUUGCUAUGUCCGACUCCGCAAAACCCGAUUCCGCCGUGGGUAUGGAGGUCGCCAACUUCGAUGACGAACAGCUUCCCAAUCAGUCGCUUCUGAGAACAGGCAACGCUCUUACAGCCAAUCCAGAAGAAUCAUCGGAGACAGACCAGUUACAGGCGACUCAAGUGGCUCCGAAAAUUGAAGCGGACGCUGCCCACAGAGACUUGACCGUGUCCAUUGACAACGACACUAAAAGUGGCCCCGGCUUGCCUAGCGCCGACAUCCACGUCCCACCCCAAGACAUGGAAAAAGCUGCAACAGAGAAAAUCCAAGAAAUUGUUCCCUCUCCUUCGCAUCUGGAAAAUUAUCCUGUUACUGGCCUGGACGAGGCUUUAACAGUGACUGACCCGGCCGAUUUAACCCUGCCCCAAUCCAUUCCUAUUCCCGACUCGCCAACUUCCAAUUCACAGUCGAGCUCCACUCCUGAAGCGACGGUAAUAGCACCUUAUCCCGGGGAGCCGCAGAAUGACUUGAUCCCUGAAACCUCGAAUGCGGAUUCGAAGAACGUGAAUACUCGUAAAGACAAGCGCAAACCUCAGCUCGAGCCUAUUCAGGUGCCCACUCCAGACUAUUCUGAUGACGAAAAUCUCCUUUCGGAUGAUUCCUUCAUGGAAGAACUGAAAAGCGCCACUGUCGAGGAAGCGAAGCCUGUUUCGGUCGGAAAGUCGCCGUUGUCGCCUGUCUAUCCAAAUAACAAUGACCAGAUAAGCUCUCAUGCUUGGAAGAAUUCGCGGGCGGUUUCGAACCCGAGCGCCCUGGGACACCGAUUUUACAAUAUGCAGUCACUCUCAGGGGACAGAUCAGUGUCUGGUCCUUCCGGAGACAUGGAUAGCGCAGCAGGUCCUGUGCUUGUGGCCAAGAAGAUCAAUGUAUCUUCAGGAAUCUCAAAGCGCAUCAAAGCUCUGGAGAAGUUUUCCAACGGCCGUGAAACGUCAUCGAACUCAGGGUUGAAUCUAGCUCCACCUACUGCAUCCUCUUUCGAAGCUCUUCGAAAGCGAGCCUCCGUGUCGCUAAGUGGGGGCAAUUCAGACGUAGGCUCAAUUUCCCGGCGUGGCUCUUAUUCUCCGGAAGCUUUCUCCCGAGCCCCUAGUGUCAAAUGUCGCGACUCACAAUCUAGUACGAAUGCUGCAUGCACUACGAGUUCAAUCUCGGUGACUGCUCGGAUAGUGCGCGACGCAACCAAUACCCCUAGCGAUUCAAAACCAGACCUGCCAGACUCGGGCGUACUCAAUCUCCAAGCUAGUCUUUUGACCGUUGAACGUGGGUCUCUGGAACCGACGAUUACCAAAUCAGAAGAACACAGUAUGUCUUCGUCUUCUGGUCACCAGUCUCGAGCCGCUUCGGUGUCACGAUCUGAGAGCAGACUGUCCAUCUCCUCUGUCUCGAAAAAGGAUGAGGCCUUUUUGUCGAAGUCGACCAGCGAUUUAUCUUCGUCCCCUGAGGAGAAGAGGACAUCUCGCGCUUCUCGACUCCUACGCCGCAUGUCAUCGAUAACGUCAAAUUCAAAGAAGAGCGUCAUUGGGGCAUUCAGUCCUUCCGUCAAGGAAGAAGAAAGCGAACCGGCUGCUGCUGAGAAGCCGAAGGCUAGCGUGAGCACCGCGGCAAUCGACGUCGGCGAGGUCAAUGUUCAGUUCCCUGACACCCUCCUCUGGAAGCGCCGGUUCAUUCGGAUCGAUGACAAAGGAUAUCUGAUUUUAGCCCCUGGAAAUGUCGAUUCAAGCAGCCGCAAUAUGAUCAAGCGGUACCAUCUGACUGAGUUCAGAACACCGUGUAUACCGGAUGAAGAUCGUCAAGAACUGCCCAACAGCAUUUUGCUUGACUUCUUGAACGGCAGCACCCUCCAGUGCGCCUGUGAAUCCCGACAAGGACAAGCCUCUGUGCUCCAAACACUCAUUGACGCUCACAGUGCUCAUCAGCAGUCACUGCCCUGA